AUGGCUCUCCACAAAUUUUCUUUCAUUCAUUUAGAACACCUUUCUUUCUUUCUUUCUUUCUUUCUUUCUUUCUAUUCAGACGACUUUCUUUCUUUCUUUCUUUCUUUCUUUCUUUCUUUAUUUUUCUUUCUUUCUUUUUCUUCUCUCUCUCUCUUUCUUUCUUUCUUUCUUUCUUCCUUCUUUCUUUCUUUCCUUCUUUCUUUCUUUUUCUUUCUUUUUUCUUUCUUUCUUGCUUUUUCUUUCUUUCUUUUUUCUUUCUUUCUUUCUUUCUUUUUCUGUCUUUCUUUCUUUCUUUUUUCUUCUUCUAGUUUUCUUUCUUUCAUUUUGCUUUUCUUUCUUUUCUUCUUUUCAUGUUUCUUUUCUUUCUUUCAUUUUUAUCUUUUUUCUUUCUCUCCUUUCCUUUCUCUUUUCUUCUUUCUUUCCUUUCAUCUUUCUUUUUUUUCUCUUCUUUCCUGUCUUCCUUUCAUUUUCCCUUUCUUUCUUUCUUUCUUUCCUUCCUUCCUUCCUUUCAUUUUUCUCUUCUCAAUCUACAUUUUUGUCUAUAUCUGUUCAUUAUUCAUCUAUCUAUCUAUCUAUCUAUCUAUCUAUCUAUCUAUCUAUCUAUUUUCAUAUAUCUAUCUAUUAUCUAUCUAUCUAUCUAUCUCCUUUUUAUAUCUAUCUAUUUAUCUAUCUAUCUAUCUAUCUAUUAAUCUAUUUCAGUCUGUUCAUAUCUAUCUAUCUAUCUAUCUAUCUAUCUAUCUAUCUAUCUAUCUAUCUAUCUAUCUAUUGCUGUCUGGUCAUAUCUUUCUAUAUAUCUAUGGAUGUCUUGUCAUUAUCUAUCUAUCUAUCUAUCUAGUCUGUUCAUCUAUCUAUCUCAGUCUGUCCAUAUCUAUCUAUCUGAGUCUGUUCAUCUAUCUAUCUAUCUAUCUAUCUAUCUAUCUAUCUAUCUAUUGCAUCUAUCUAUCUAUAUAUCUAUGGAUGUCUUAUAUCUAUCUAUCUAUCUAUCUAUUUCUAUCUCUGGUCAUCUAUCUAUCUAUCUAUAUCUAUCUAUCUAUCUAUUGCAGUCUGGUCAUAUCUAUCUAUAUAUCUAUGGAUUUCUUGUCAUAUCUAUCUAUCUAUCUAUCUAUCUAUCUAUCUAUCUAUCUAUCUAUCUAUCUAUCUAUCUUACUUUUUUCCAUAUCUAUCUAUCUAUCUAUCUAUCUAUCUAUCUAUCUAUCUAUCUAUCUAUCAUUAUUGUUUCUGUUCCUAAUUCUUCCACACCCCUUUACUGCCUUGCUUAGGUCUGUCCAUAUCUAUUUUCUGUGUAUCUAUCUAUUUCAGUCUGUUAAUAUCUAUCUAUCUAUCUAUCUAUCUAUCUAUCUAUCUAUCUAUCUAUUGCUGUCUGGUCAUAUCUUUCUAUAUAUCUAUGGAUAUCUUGUCAUUAUCUAUCUAUCUAUCUCAUCUAUCUCAGUCUGUUCAUAUCUUUUUCUGUGUAUCUAUCUAUUUCAUUCUGUUAAUAUCUAUCUAUCUAUCUAUCUAUCUAUCUAUCUAUCUAUCUAUCUAUUGCUGUCUGGUCAUAUCUAUUUUCUAUCUAUCUAUCUAUCUUCAGUAUCUAUUCAUCUAUCUAUCUAUCUAUUGCUGUCUGGUCAUAUAUUUCUAUAUAUCUAUGGAUGGCUUGUCAUUAUCUAUCUAUCUAUCUAUCUAUCUAUCUAUCUAUCUAUCUAUCUAUCUAUCUAUCUAUCUAUCUAUCUCUGUCUGGUCAUAUCUUUCUAUAUAUCUAUGGAUGUCUUGUCAUUAUCUAUCUAUCUAUCUAUCUAUCUAUCUAUCUAUCUAUCUAUCUAUCUCAGUCUGUUCAUAUCUAUUUUCUGUGUAUCUAUCUAUUUCAGUCUGUUAAUAUCUAUCUAUCUAUCUAUCUAUCUAUCUAUCUAUCUAUCUAUCUAUCUAUCUAUCUAUCUAUCUGAGUCUGUUCAAAUCUAUCUAUCUAUCAAUCUCUCUCCCAUCUAUCUAUCUAUCUAUCUAUCUAUCUAUCUAUCUAUCUAUCUAUCUAUCUAUCUAUCUAUUGUUGUCUGGUCAUAUCUAUCUAUAUAUCUAUGGAUGUCUUGUCAUUAUCUAUCUAUCUAUCUAUCUAUCUAUCUAUCUAUCUAUCUAUCUAUCUAUCUAUCUAUCUAUCUCACUCCUGUUCAUAUUCUCUCUAUCUAUCAUCUAUCUAUCUAUCUAUCUCUCACUCUGUUCAUAUCUAUCUAUCUAUCUAUCUAUUAUCUAUCUAUCUAUCUAUCUAUCUCAUCUGUUCAUAUCUAUCUAUCUAUCUAUCUAUCUAUCUAUCUAUCUAUCUAUCAUCUAUCUCAAUUGUUCAUCUAUCUAUCUAUCUAUCUAUCUAUCUAUCUAUCUAUCUAUCUAUCUAUCUAUCUAUCUAUUGCUGUCUCGUCAUAUCUAUCUAUAUAUCUAUGGAUGUCUUGUCAUAUCUAUCUAUCUGACUUUUCAUGUGAAGACUAA